UGACAUCUCCCGGCGCGCCGGCCUUCAGCUUCAGUCGUGUUUUGGCGCUCCGAGCUCUCUUGUCUGACCGUCCGGCUAUCUGGACCGCUCCAUCGAGACCCUCACCCACUGCGACUUCGACACUGCAACCGACGACGACCCCCUGUUGAAUGUGCCCCCAGAAGACUCGCUGUGGACGCGCCGAACGGGAGACCCUCACGACAUCGUGCUGCGCUCGCCCAGGACUCCCAGCAGGACGACACGGUGGCCAGUGAAGUGUGCUAGAGCUUGUUGACGCGAACCCCAAACACGAUGGCCGACUCCUCCGCCCUCGUCGACGGCCUGUUCAACGUGGCCACCGCGGCCACCGCCGGCUGCCUGGCCGACUUCGCCACCUUCCCGCUGGACACCGCCAAAGUCCGUCUGCAGAUCCAGGGCGUGCCGGCUACCACCAUGGUGCAGCUGGCGGGCGUCGGCGGGCACCUGCACCUGCCCGUGACCAUGCAGGCCGCGGCGCAGUACGAGGGCCUGCUGGGCACCAUGUCGACCAUCGUCCGCCAGGAGGGUGUGCGCUCGCUAUACAACGGGCUGAGCGCCGGGCUGCAGCGCCAGUGCGCCUUCGUGUCGGUGCGCCUCGGCCUGUACGAGACCACCAAGAACUUCUACCAGGGCCUCAUCGACGGCAACAGGACCAAGCGCGCCACGGACGUGCCCAGCAUGAACGUGCUGAGCAGGGUGCUGGCGGGACUCACCACCGGCGGCAUGGCCGUGCUGUUCGCGCAGCCCACCGACGUCGUCAAGGUGCGCUUCCAGGCCGCGCCCCCCGGCACCAAGCCCUACCCGUCGACGCUGGCCGCCUACCGCUCCAUCGCCGGCUCGGAGGGCUUCUUCGGGCUGUGGCGAGGCCUGGCCCCCAACGUGGUCCGCAACUCCAUCGUGAACGUGUCGGAGAUCGUGUGCUACGACGUGGUGAAGGACGCGCUGCUGCUGAACGGCGUGAUGCACGACGGCAUUCCCCUGCACUUCACCUCGGCCGUCAUCGCCGGCUUCUGCGCCACCGUGGUGGCGUCCCCCGUGGACGUGGUCAAGACCCGCUACAUGAACGCCAAGCCCGGCGAGUACCGCAACGCCCUGGAGGUGGCCACGCGCAUGGCGGCCAACGAGGGCAUGGCGGCGUUUUACAAAGGGUUCACGCCGUCCUUCUGCCGACUGGUGUCCUGGAACAUCGCCAUGUGGAUCACCUACGAGCAGCUCAAGGGGGUCGUCAAGAAGUGGAGGGCAGUGGAGGAAUUCUAGUCAUGACAAGGGGUGCGGAGAUGUAUGUGUGUGUAAGCUUUAACCGUGAAGGAUUAUUUCGCCUUCGACUCGACUGUUUUACCUUAUUUAUUAUUGACUAGCUUAGAUCUAGAUUGUAAGUGUAUUAUAUUGACUGAUAUUUGAUUGUAAAAAUGUGUAUACUCUGUUAGGCUAUGACUUCUUCGCUGGUCGAAGAUACUUUGUUACAAAGAACUUGCUCUAUUUUAAUGUUAAAUUUACGUACUUUUUAUAAGUUUAUUUCGUUUGUGAUGCAUCGCAAUUUUCUUAGAAAUUUUAAUGAUGUAAGAUAUGUGUUGUACAUUCAAAUCUUAAGUGUUUUAUGACAGCUUGCCUCGAUUGCUAGUCUGUAAUGGAUGGGGCCAAGCCUAAAUGUGUACCUGUAUUGUAAAUUGGUAUAAAAAAAUGACGAAUAAAGAAUGAAUUUUAAA